AUGGAAGCGGAUGAGCUAGUAGAGUAUGCAGUGGAGGAGGAACAGGAAGAGGAACAAGAUGUAGUGGAGCCGAUUGCCCAGGAAGAGUUGGAGGAGGAGGAAGAGGAGAUGGAGCAGGAGAUUGAGGACGUGGACGAAGGGGCUCUUUCUGAAGAACCCGCCGAAGAGGUUUACUACGUGGAUGAGGAACACGUAGAGGACAACGAUGAGACGAAGAGCACGGCGGUGGUUGAACGAAUCAAGCCGGCAGUCGUGGUCCCAAAACUACCGACAGUGUUAUCAACUUCGUGUGCUAAGGUGCCGCCGACCAGUAAAAUCAUCACCCAAGUGCCGGCACGACAAUCCGUGGCACGGCUGAACAGUGUAGUCGUGAUGCCGCAAUCGUCCCGGCCAAUGCAGGCCAGUGCAACGAUGAAGCUGUUGAACAACACAAAAAAGGCGCCCCUUUCGACAGCGGCCGAGACCACGUCUUACCGUCUCGUGAAUGCCGAUGGUAAAGUAAUUAUGAAGCAAAACGUUUUUAUUCAACCGCCGGGCCCCGCGGUUCUGAAACGGGCCAUACCUCUCCCAAGCGGACAACAGCAGCCCGCGACGAAGGUUAUGAUUGAUUCGAAGGCGCGCAUCGUUCAGAUUCAACCGAAAAGUGUUCCCUCCACGUCCGGUGCGUCUGUCUUGACCAAGACAGUGACCCUCACAAAAACGGCCCCACCGUUUGCGGGUUCGAAAACAAUAACGGUGAAAACACUCCCAGCAGGCUCGGUAAAAAUGCUCGCCCAUCCAGUGACCACUGCGGCGUCACCGACCACUUUGCGUGUCGCCAAAGCGGCUCUCCCCGGUCCGGGAACGGGUGCAUCGCUGAUAGCUCCUCGAAUUAUCAAGACCGGCACCGGCGCUGGUGGUGAACCGACCAAAAUAAUUCUGAAUGCGGGCCUGAACAACACUGCUGCUGGUGUGUUGACCAAAAAGCCGGUCCCUGCCGACGGUCAACUGCACGCCGUCAAUGUGCCCGUUGUGAAAGGGUUGCAGUAUGUGCGUGUAGUAAACCCGAUCCAGGCUGGCUCCAAGUUUGUCAUGCACCCUUCAAACAAGACCGGCACCUUCACCCCCGUUGGUUCCCAGCCUCGACUGACGGGCGUUCCCGUCGCAGCAGCGUCAUCGUCCGGGACGACCGGCCCAUCGAAGAUAAUCUUGCAAAACAAUAAAGCCUAUGUGGUACGCAAUGGUGCUGUUCAGGUGGCCUCUACACCGACUGCCACGGGCAGCAUGCUUCCGGUGCUUCCUGUGCCACGAAAGCUGGUCAUAAGUGGCAAUAAACUCCAGACGCCGGAAAACGUUGGCACAGGGAUAGGAACACGAAUCGUUGUACGGAAGGAAGAUUUUAAACCUGCCCAGUCGAACCAGAUUCGUCGCACGGUCGUAGCGACUCCUAAGCCGACACCACCCAACAACGGAGGCGGUUCGGCGGUGAAGGUCACCGACGAGGGUGAGCAGAAGAAGCAAUUCAAAGAGGAGGCUGAAGUUGCUGCUAAACCAACAGCAAGUCCAAAAACCGAGCCGAAGGAUGUUGCCAAAGACGACAAAUUUGCGGAGGAGGCCGAUGUCCGCGGAUCAGACUCGUUUUCUGGAGAGUUGUACAAAAAGCGAUCUUGCAAUUGCACCAAGUCGCAGUGCCUGAAGCUGUACUGCGAUUGCUUUGCGAAUGGUGAGCUGUGCUUUUCCUGCAACUGUAAGGACUGUCACAACAUGCAGGAUUUCGAGGGCGAUCGCCAGAAGGCCAUUCGAAUCACGCUAGAGCGCAAUCCGAAUGCGUUUAAACCGAAAAUUGGCUCCAUUGGCACGCGGGAUGCUGGCAAACGCUUACACACCAAGGGGUGCAACUGCAAACGAUCAGGCUGUCUGAAGAAUUACUGCGAGUGUUACGAGGCCAAAAUUGCUUGCUCUAGUAAUUGCAAGUGCGCCGGUUGCCGAAAUACCGCCCAGUUCGUGAACGAAUUUCAGUACUGUAGAGGUUCACCCCCUCAGCUGUCCCGGUUCGAAGCCCGUCUAGCCUACUCGGGAGCAUCCAACAACAGUUCCCACUUGGGCAACCUGAAGAAUGACGUGGACGAUAUGACGAAAAGGCUGAGCGAUACAUCGUUCCCCAUGGACAUCGAUUGGUCGAAGGUGCAGCCCAGUAAGCAGCCGCACAAUUUCAUGACGCCGGACGUGAUCGAGGCCACGCUACAGUGCAUGAUAGCCAGAAACGACGAAUGCCAGCGGCGUGGAAGCAGCAUUCGAACGACGGAGCGUCUGGUGCUGCAGGAGUUUAACCGCUGUUUGGUGGAAAUCAUGGACUUUGCGUCGGCAAUCGACGUAGACGACACCGCCGCAGGUAGCUUAGCUACCGAGACGUAAGAAGCACCCACCCAACGAUGCUGCCACUGCGGCGCGUAUUUUCUGGCCCGUUUUGAAAUAUGUUUUUCGAGCACUUUCUUUCGCAACAUCAUGUUCAGUGUAUUUAUUGCCAUUUUUACCAUUUUUUUUUCCUCAAAUUCAAUCAAAGUUAUUGUCUUCAAACGUAAGUUGCAAAUCUGAACUGAAUCAUCAUCGGCACAAUGGGCAGUGGAAUUUGGCAUCUUGACACUCAUUGUUUACAAACCAGGGAGGAUUGCAAUUUUUGUAUUAAGAGCUGUGCGAAAUUACUAAAUUCGACUUAUCGCAAUUCAACGGCAAGAACUGUUUUGGGAGCGGCCGAUCCGAGUGAAUUCGGUUUUCUUUUUUCGAACAUUAUUCAGUAGAACAGCGUAGAGAUUGU